GAAACGGAAGUAAAGUGUUUGUGCGAUCAACACUUUCCCGCCGGCAUCGCCACAGAUGUCAUCAUAAUUAUUUAUAGUUGUUGAUUGUAGAUGGUGGCUGAUUUUGCUAUAGAAAUGAACAGCAUGUUGUUUGGUUUAUGAUCUUCAGUUCGUAAUUGUUUGAACGUUUUCAAGAAUGUUAUAUUACGAAGAAGCUUUUGUUUCGUUGAUUAGAAUGAGCAGGAUGAAUGAAUAUGUUCGGCGAGCAUACAGUUUUAAAGUAAUGUGAUAAUAAGCAGUUGUCUAAUGAGCAGCGAACAGCGUUAGUACUUCACGACCUGUUGACUUCUAAAGAUGAUAUCUGGCAUAUUUGGAGCAUAUAUGGGGAAAAAGCAUCUGUAAGAUUUUAAAAGAUUGAAUAACAUGAUAGUUGAGACAUAAUGUGCUACCAACUGAGCCACCUAGGCAUGCGUCAUAGUUUGACUCAGACUCUAUUAGUUCUCCAUACCUUUCAAACUGUAGAGGCCAUCCCACAAAGCUGUAUGAGGCUAGCACCAGUACCCUCUAGAGCAAGGAUAUAGAGGAGAGGUCAACUACAGCUUCAGGGAAUUUACUGAGGUUGAACGACCAUCGCAGAUAACAAUCCAUUAACAACAAUUACAAGUUAUAAGCAAGCAUGAAGGAAAUAUUUAUAAACAGUGUUUCACUUCCAGCUACCAAGCAAAAAUUGUCUGAUUGGGAUCCUCUACAAACAGUAUGUUUAGAACUAUCUGACAAUGUGGUGGCAGAAAGAAAUAUGUCAGCUCAGAAAACAGCCCAACUUCUACAGAGUCAUCUAUCACCAAAUAACAUAAUGAAGACAGCUGAUUUGGGCUCUGCCAUGCCAGAAACAAGUAGUCUACAGUCUAAGGUUGACAGCUUGCGAACAGCAAUAUCAAAUAGCGAGAAUACAGGGGAGUCGUCAUCUUCACAAUCAGGUCGCCAUGAUCUUACACGUCAGCUGGCAGAAAUAUUGCUUCGUGGAAGAACGGAAACUAAUAGAUCUGCUUUGAAUAAUGAUAAGAGAAAUCUUCCUAAAAUAGAAUCUCAGGCAAAGCAACAAAAUAAUUUAUUUGUUCCAUGCAAUGAUUAUGAGGAAAUAAUCUUGUUACUUCUCAUUAGUGAGGCAACUGCUGUUCACGAAGUGGUUUUAAGCCAAUCUCCUGAAUUCAAGGAGGCAAGAGUCCAUGCCUUCAACAGAGUAGUAUGUGUUUAUGAUUUGCUUACUGUUUUACUCGUACGAUGGGGGUGUUUUGAUAUACUACAUGAAUCAUUUGAAAGGGCAAUGAAAUUUUCAUUUGAGGAGCCACAUAUCUGGAUCCAAGAAGCAUUAUCACUUGCUUGUUUGGGAAAACACACAUAUUCUCUUAAAGUGCUGAAAGAAGUUUCUCGUUUGAUUCCAAAUGAUCCAUUCCACUGCUUGCUGGCUGCACGGUGCUGUUAUGAACAUCUUAACCAGCCGUGUGAAGGAACAGAAUGGAGUCGCAUAGCCCUGUCUCAAGCUUUGCGUUCUUCAGAAAAUUUGACUGCACGCUGUCAUCUCUUCAUUGGUAUUGGUUACAGCAUGCAGGCUUUAGUUGCAGUAAGUGAACAUAAUAAACGUGCACUGAAAACUCAGGCACUUCAGGAGUUCCAUGAAGCACAAAAGUUAGAUCCCAAUGACCACUUACCUGAAUAUUAUCUGGGGUUUCAGUAUGCUCUGGAAUAUCAGUUACAAUUAGCAGUCACACAUGUCAAAAGAGCUCUGAACUUGCAGUCUGAGCACCUCUCAUCUUUGCAUUUACUAGUUCUUCUUCUUUCUGCACAGAAACAGAGUGAAGAUGCUCUGCAUCUAAUUACUGCCACCUUAGAGGAGUAUCCAGAUUGCAUAAACCUCUUAUAUACUAAAGCACAACUGGAACUGCAGAGUGAAGGAAAAUCUCAGGCAUUAUUAACUGCUAGACGUCUUCUUCAUCUCUGGAAUAAUUUGUAUAAGGAGCAUGUAAGUAAGGAGAAUACAGGAAGAUCAGAAAAGCACAGUGAUAACCAGAGCACUUUUAAGAUGCAUCAGUCUGUCCUGUCGGAUAAAGACUCGACAUCUUUGCAGAUGUCAAUUGCUCCGUCUCAUGUAGAGCAAACAUUGUCUGAUGUUGCAACAUCACUGAGUUCCUUUGUGCCCCGUCCAGGUCCACAGAGCUUGUGGCUUCUUCAACUUAAGGUGUGGUUGUUACUAGCAGAAAUUUAUAUUUCACUGGACAGUAUCUCAGAUGCUGCAGCAUGUCUUCAGGAAGCACAGAAUGUUUAUCCAAUGUCCCACAAUGUUAUGUAUGUACGUGGUUUGUUGCAUGAGCACAAGAAAGAGUAUUCUGAAGCUGUACAUUUUUUCCAGAACGCAGCAUCCAUAAAUCCUCAACAUGUUGAAAGUCUUCAGCAUCUUGGACUUGUGUACUACUAUCUAGGGAGCUAUAAUUUAGCAGAGAAAACAUUAAGAGAUGCUUUGAAAAUUGAUCCCUCUUCCUACAAAACUUGGCAUUACAUGAGCCUUGUGUUAGAAUCAUUGGGUGAGUUCCAGUCCGCAACUGACUGCAUUGCUGCAGCCUUAGAGAGAGAGUCAACUUGUCCUGUACUACCAUUUUCUGCCAUCCCUUUUGUGUUUGAUUAACUAUGUUAAAUGUAAUUGUAAAAGAAAGAAAUGUUACCUACGCUCUGUAUUAGACCUCUACUUUGACCUACCUGCUGCAUUUUAAAAGCAAAUCUUAGAUCCCUCAGUGAGAAGACAGUGUUUGUGGCAUGAGGAGCCUAUUUGAAAGAAGACUGAUUACAUGUAAGCUGUUAGUAGUGAAAAGUACAUAAACAUUUAUUUGAUUGUGCAGAUUUCCCAAAGUUUUGUGUGAAAUUUGCUGGUCCAUGGGACUGACAAGCUGAAGUUUCUUGUCUAGUCAAAUAAGUACAAGAAAUAUCAUUCCUAAUUAAAGCUUCUGUACUAAUGGUUCUGUCUAUAUUUUCAUAAAAGAUAUUUAUAUUUUCUAUAUACAGGUUGCAGUUUAUAUGUGCUUGUUUUGUUAUUUAUAAAACUGAACUGUUGUACUAUUUUAAUAUGUUCCAUACAGGCUUAAUAUGAAGUUUAAAUAUUUUUCUUAAUAACAGCACUACCUCAAUGAACUAACUGGUACAUAUCUGCUGCAAGUUAAAUGAUAAAUAAAAAAACAGCUAAUUUGUAAUAUUGAUGUAUGUUACAGGUACUUACAAAAUAAAUAUAUUUACUCUUAUUAUAUUAUGGUUAAUUUUUUGAGGCCUGGUUCCUGAAUAAUGCCUUUUGAGUGUUAUAUUUUAGAAUAAAAUUGACGUUAUUGACUGUAAGAAAUUUUUAUCCAUUUUAAAAGAUCUUAAUUACUGUUGAGAGUUAAAAUGAAAAUACUUAAAACUUCCAUAUCUGAUGAAAAUGAUGUUAAUAAGUUAUAUUUGUCACGUGCAGAAAUUUAUAAACAAUCAGUUACUUCCACAAACACUGUCACAGCUUUACAAAAUCAUGUAUAUUUCUAAUUUUAAAUGUGAAUCAUAGCUCCAUAAUGCAGUGAGCUCAUCAAUGUUAUGGAAUAUUUCGAGAGUGUGGUGGCAAAUAUUUGUUGUGUAUCAUAUUUUAAUUAUAUACUCAACAGCCUUCCCGAGAAAAUACUACUGUAAUAACAAAACAAACUUAAUAUGUGGAAUUUUAAGAUGAGGCUGACUAUCGUUACUGUUAUCAUACAUUUGAGCCUAUAUGUACGAGUACAGUAAAAAUAUAUAAAAAUGGCACCGUGACUAAAUGAUGAUAA